UGCAGCAGCGGGCCUGGCCUCCCCACCAUUCACUGCAGUGAGGGUGACAGGUUGCCGGAGGCGCGACGCUGCAGCCCCAGCCAGGCAGCACCAUCCCUGCUGGGUUUGCAGCAGCUGGGAUAUUAAUCACUGGGGUAAAGGUCAGGCUGAGCUGCGAGUGUUUGCUCCAUUUCCCCGGCCCUGCGGAAGUGCUGGAGGCUGGCUGGCCCUGCGCCUCGGCAGUCAGAUAAAGCAUUUCUGGAGGUGCCUUACGAGAUGGAACUGCACAUCUGACUGCACCCAGGAGAGCAGCUCGGCAGAAAUGGAAACCGUGGUGAUAGUUGCCAUAGGCAUGCUGGCUACUAUCUUCCUGGCGUCCUUCGUGGCACUUGUGGUGGUUUGCAGGCAGCGCUACUGCCGGCCUAAGGAUCUCUUGACUCAUUAUGAUACCAAACCGAUCGUCGACCUUACUGGGGCGAUGGAGACGCAGUCGGAGCCCUUGGAGCUUGAGCUGGACGACGUUGUGAUAACAAACCCCCACAUCGAGGCUAUUCUGGAGAAUGAGGAGUGGAUCGAAGAUGCUUCGGGCCUGGUCUCUCACUGCAUCGCUAUUCUCAAGAUUUGUCACACUUUGACAGAGAAGCUCGUUGCAAUGACAAUGGGCUCUGGGGCCAGAAUGAAAUCUCCCGCAAGCCUGAGUGACAUUAUUGUGGUGGCAAAGCGGAUCAGCCCCAGGGUGGAUGAUGUUGUGAGGUCGAUGUACCCGCCUCUGGAUCCCAAGCUUCUGGAUGCACGGACAAAAGCCCUGCUGCUGUCUGUCAGCCACCUCGUCCUGGUGACCAGGAACGCCUGCCACCUAAGCGGGGGCAUGGACUGGAUCGACCAAUCGCUAUCUGCUGCGGAGGAGCACAUGACGGUGCUGCGCGAAGCGGCUCUGGCCACCGAGCCCGAGAGAAGCAUUGCGGGGGGCGCGGAAAGCUUCCUGCAGGAGCAGUCUGCCAUCUGACGGAGGUGGCCCGGCCUGCCCUGGUGAGGGCUGACGCUCCACGUUCCCAGGGCAUCCAUGCUGCUGCUCGGUGCACUGAGGUGGUCAAAUAUUUGCAUGAGCCAUGCAGAGCUAUUAGUAUAUUGACGCUGAACUGUGACCA